AUGGCCUGGUUAGCUAGAUCCAUUGCGAACUCGCUCAAGCUCGAUGAGGACGAUGACGAUGAUGUAAAGCGACGGUCUGGUGAUGAGUCUGUGCCGAAUCAAUCGCCGUCGCAAUCGGCGUCGGAGUUACAGUCUCCUCGAGGCGUUAAGGAAGACAUCUCCGAACUUACCAAGACCUUGAGAAGCCAGUUCUGGGGCGUAGCUUCGUUCCUCUCGCCGCCGCCUUCGUCCCCCGAUCUUCGGGAGAGAAAUCAGAGUCCUGAUCACGCGGAGGAAGGUGAGGACGAGGAUCUGAUUGCUGGGAUUAGGAGCGAUUUCGCGGAGAUUGGCGGGAGAUUCAGGACGGGGAUUUCGAAGCUCUCUGAGAACUUGCCGGUCUCUGAUUUCACAAAGAUGGCUUCCAAUUUCUUACAAUUGGGCUCGGAAGGAGUGGAUCCGAAGGGUUACGAUGCUGGAGACGGUAAUUCUCUGAAGAUCGAUUUAGACUUUGAAAUGACGGAUGAUCAACACGAGCACGCUCUGGCCGUGGAAAGGCUUGCACCGAGCCUGGCUUCUUUGAGGAUUGAGCUCUGUCCAGAAUAUAUGAGUGAGAGUUGCUUCUGGAGGAUUUACUUUGUACUUGUUCAUCCUAAACUCAGUGAACACGAUGCCUUGCUUCUGUCCACUCCUCAGGUACUCGAAGCAAGAGCAAUGUUAUCCCACGAGUCAGAGAAAAGUAACAAAGCACCGGUUGAAGCAGAGAGCUCUGAAGCUAAUACUGCAAUGGUUCAACCUCUUGAUGUGCCUUAUAACCCUUCACCGGAAACAUUAACCGUCAAAACCGUAAUUCCGAACGAGUCACCCGACUUUGAGACAGACAAACACCCAAUUGAGAGAGAGGAGAUACAUGUCGUCGACAAAUCUGUCAUUGAAGAAAGAAACACAUCAGCUGCUUCUUCUUCAUCCAGUUUUAUCAAUGUGCAAGUCGAGGAAGUAGAAGAAGAAGAAGAAGACGACGCAGAUGAUUGGUUGAACGACGGAGAGACUUCAGAAUCUUUUAGCGGCAUGGAAGGAGGAGGAACUUCCAAACAUCCUCUGGGUGAAGAGGAAGAAGAUGUAUCAUUCAGUGAUCUAGAAGAAGAAGAAGACGAGGAAGGAGACAUCCCGGUGAGUUACAAGAAAGUUACUAACACUAGCUCGCCCGACUGGGUUCAGCUUAAAACUCCGAAAACGGCCAGGUAA